UUGGCAGCCGCGUCGACUGGCUGGCAUUUAAGCGGGAACAUUUUGGUAGUCUAGAAAAAGCAUCGAAAAAAGCAAAGCAAAGGCAAGACGCGUGUUUACAAUCGCUUAAAGUGCCCCGAAAAGAAAAGCACCCACAGAAAUAUGUACAAAUAAUUCAUAUAGAAGCAGAAAACAUUCAUUUCUUUAUAUUGCGGAUAGAUAUAUUACGUACAGAUACGUAUUGUAUAUGUGAACAAAUAUUUUUAUAUUUAAAUCACGAGUGGAUCGUUCCAUUUGCCAUUUGCUCUGUCUCGGGCGUUGAGUGAGAAGAGUCAAAAGUACGCGUUCAGCUUGAAUUAUUUGCUCCCAUAAAAAGCCAACCAAUAAAACACAAUCCAAAGGAAACUUGCGUGUAGAAAAGUGCCUAUCCUUCCGUCCAAAGCCAACCCAACACAUCCCAUCCACACCCGCAACUAUGCGGCAAUAUUUACUUCUGUUUGGCGCGCUCCUCUCGCUGCUGGCCUCAGCUUACGCCAUCAAGUGCUAUGCCUGCGAGUCUGUCUACGAGGCGAGCUGCGGCGAGAACUUUGAAGUCGAGAAUCAUUUCAGAUACGAUUGCGCCUUCAUUGCGCCGCCCCGGUUCCUGGAGAACGAUCUGCUCAGCGUGAAUGCCACAGCCUGUCUGAAGCGGGUCUUCAAGGAGAACGGUGUACGCAAAAUAGUGCGUGGCUGCUACUUUGGCGAUGUGAAUGCCACAGAUGUCUGGUGCCGCAUGGAUCCCACUUUGACGGCGGUGAAGAACACGAGCUGUCAUGUGUGCGACAACGAGAACUACUGCAACGGCGCGGAGGCCAUGCGGGUUAAUCAUGCGGAGACGUGGCAAAUGAUAUCACUAAUUGUGUUCCUCUUGGCAGCACAAGUGCCCUGAACACGAGAUCCCUGGAUCCCUAUGCCUAGUCAAAUUGUAGUCAUACCUUUGUAGAGAGUUAUUAGCUGUGUUAAUGUCACAAUUUCAAGUGUAAUUAAGCUAAUGGAAUGAAGUUAACGCACCCCAUGGUGUGUUGGCGUUCAAUCGGUGCCAUGAUGAGCCACGCAAAUACGCCUGCCAGUUGGCAA